AUGCUCCCGGCUUGCCGAAUUUCCCGCCUAGCGGUUUUCACCCGCAGAAAAUCGACAUUCUCGCCGAAACCAUCGGAAUUGGUGAAGGACAUCAAGCCAACAGUUUGGUGAGUGACACGAAAAAAAUUUUUCAAAAUUUUUGAAUGUGCAAAACGCGCGCGCGUAGCGAGACCCUGCAAAGGUUUUGUGUGCGCCUUUGAAUGAGGUACGGUAGAUGAUUUUGCGAAUUUUUUUCAGCUCUUUUUCAUUUUUCAGGUUUUUGGGUAGGGAGAUCGAUGUUUUGCAAGGAAUUCGAUUAGAAAUUGAAAAUUUAGGCGGGAAUUCAGGAUUUCCAUGAAUUUGCCUGGGAAAAAUAGUUUUCAGAUCAUAGAAAUCGACAUUUUAGCUCAUUUUAACAUCAGAAAUCGACAUUUUAGCUCUACAGCAAAGAACGCGACGCACACGCAACGCAACACCUAUUAUCGAGAAUCUCAUCAGUACCACGCGCUCCACCGAAAUAAACACGCAACGCAGACCGCGUCGCGCCACAACAUAAACGAACGAUUCAAAUUCCCUCCCUUUUUUGUGUGUGUUGUGGCGCGGCGCGGUCUGCGUUGCGUGCUUAUUUCGGUGGAGCGAGUCCGCGCGCCAAAAUCUAGCAGAAACCGCGACGCACAAGCAGCGCAUGAUCUUCUCAAUCUUCAGGACCGAAUUCUCGACUCUAGCCGCUCAAAACCAAGCAUGCAACCUAGGCGUCGGCUACGCGGACUCGCCUUCACCAAAAAUCCUCGUAGAAGCGCUCAAAAACCUGCCCAACGAUUCGCUCAACCACCAAUACACUCGCGGUUUCGGACACGCUCAAUUGGUGACGAUUUUGGCGAAAAUGUAUGGUGAAUUGUAUGGGGUGAAGAUAAAUGCGUUGGAUGAUGUGAUGGUGACGAUUGGCGCGUAUUUGGCGUUGUAUUAUUCGAUUUUGGGAUGGGUUAAUAAGGGAGACGAGGUUUUGAGUGAGCAAUUUUGAUUUUCUAGUUGAUUUUGACGAGCUGAUCACGAUUUCCUCAUUAAAAACUGCAAAUUUCAAUUCUGAAUACGAGUUUUGACGUGACAAAGUUUGAAUAUUUCGAAAAAUCAGGAAUUAACAAAGCUAUAACUAAUGAUUUUCAUGAAAAUCACUAUCGAAAUUGAAAAAUGUGGCCGACGUAAAAAAGAAAACAACUGAACUUCGUCAGUGGCGUGCGGCUGUGCGGCGCGGUCGGAAAACAAUCAAUAGUUCAUUGUUUUCCGACCGCGCCGCACAGCCGCACGCGACUGACGAAGUUCAGUUGUUUUUACGUCGGCCACAUUUUUCAAUUUCGAAAGUGAUUUUCAUAUGAAAAUAAUUAGUUAUAGCUUUGUUAAUUCCUGAUUUUUCGAACUAUUCAAACUUUGUCACGUCAAAACUCGUAUUCAGAGUUGAGAUUUGCAGUUUUUAAAGACGAAAUCGUGAUCAGCGCGUCAAAAUCUACUAGAACAUUAUCGAAAAUCUCAUAAGUAUCACGCGCUCCACCGAAAUAAACACGCAACGCAGACCGCGCCGCGCCACAACACACACAAAAAAGGGAACGAAUUCAAAUUCCCUCCCUUAUUUGUGCGUGUUGUGGCGCGGCGCGGUCUGCGUUGCGUGUUUAUUUCGGUGGAGCGCGUGGUAUCGAUGAGAUUUUCGAUAAUACCUAUUUUGGCCCUUUCCAGUAAUGGACCCGGCUUAUGAUUGCUAUCAACCUCAAGUAAAAAUGGCUGGAGGAACGCCCAUUAUAAUCCCAAUGAAUAUCCCAAAAAACGCCAAAUCCUCCUCGGAAUUCUACAUCGAUUUCGACGAACUCGAGAGCAAAAUCACCAACAAAACAAAAAUGUUGAUUUUGAAUAAUCCCAACAAUCCGACAGGCAAACUUUGGAGCCGAAAUGAGCUCGAGAAAUUGGCGAAAAUUGUGAAAAAGCACAAUUUACUAGUGAUCGCUGAUGAGGUUUAUGAAUUUCAUGUGUAUGAAAAAGAGGAAAUGAUUCGAUUUGCGAGUUUGCCUGAAAUGUGGCAGCGGACAAUUUCGAUAGGCAGUGCUGGAAAAGCAUUUUCAGCGACUGGCUGGAAAUUGGGAUGGGUUAUUGGGCCCAAGAAUUUGUUGGCACCGUUGAAGCAGUUGCAUCAGAAUUGUAUUCAUGUUUGUGCGACGCCGUUGCAAAAGGCGGUGGCUGAUGCGUUUGAGAAGGAGUGCGUUUUGAGAUUAUGCGCUCCACCGAAAUAAAGACGCAACGCAGACCGCGUCGCGCCACAACACACACAAAUAAGUGAACGAUUUUGUGUGUGUUGUGGCGCGGCGCGGUCUGCGUUGCGUGUUUAUUUCGGUGGAGCGUCGAUAAUAUGUGGCCGAACUAUUUUGGUGGCCCGAGAAGUGUCGGGAAUUCGGCCAAGAGCGAUUUUGUUGCUUUGGCCGAAUUCCCGACACUUCUCGGCCACCAAAAUUGUUCGGCCACAUAUAUAUUUCAAUUUUUUGUGAAAUAAGUGCAUUUUGAGUUUUAUUCAUCAAUAUUUGAGCAUUUUUAAAAAUUGUCUAGCAUUGCUCAUGUUAAACUCAAGAAAACCCACAUUUUGAAGAAAAUUCUCAAAUAUUGGGAUUUUUCAAGUUUAGCAUGAGCAAUGCUUGAUAUUUUGAGCAAGUUGGACCCGCUGAACAAUUUGGUGCAUUUGAAAAUUUCAGAAAAUUUUUCUGAGCCGAGCUAUGACGUGGCAAAACUGCCACGUUAUAUCUCAUCUCAGAAUAUUUUUUCCUGGAAUUUUCAGCGGCUCAAAAUAUCAAUUUUCAAAAAAAAAUCUGAAAUUUUCCAGCAUUGCUCAUGUUAAACUUGAAAAAUCCCAAUAUUCGAGAAUUUUGUUCAAAAUGUGGGAUUUUUCAAGUUUAACAUGAGCAAUGCUUGAAAAUUUCAGAUUUUCAAGUUCCGAGGCACAGAAAACUUUCUCGAAAUUUUCUGAAUGCCUUAAAACUUGAAAAUCUAAAAAUUUUCAAGCAUUGCUCAUGCUAAACUUGAAAAAUCCCAAUAUUCGAGAAUUUUCUCAAGUUUAACAUGAGCAAUGCUUGAAAAAGGCUUAUUUGGUCUCAAAAAAUGCCAAAUUUUCGCGCCAAAAUUCUAAAAUUCAAAAAAAUCUUGCAGUUGGCCGAAUUUCUACUCAAAUCCCCAACAAUCCUUCCUAGCCACCGGGCUUUCUGGAGAGCUCAAAAAGAAACGCGACAGCCUGGCAAAAUCGCUCGAAGCGGCAAAUUUCAAGCCAAUUUUGCCGCAAGCCGGAUAUUUCAUGUUGGCCGAUUUUUCGGAGCAUUUGGCGAAUUUUGAAAAGGGAAAAAGUGGCGAAAAAAAGAUGCACGGGAUUUUGAGUUUUCGAGAUGGCUUUGUAAAGAGAAGAAAUUGGCUGUAA